AAUGUUACAAACUAUUUCAGAUUAGAAUCAAAUAUCACAGACUAUUUCAGAUUAGAAUCAAAUAUUACAAACUAUUUCAGAUUAGAAUCAAAUAUAACAAACUAUUUCAGAUUAGAAUCAAAUAUCACAGACUAUUUCAGAUUAGAAUCAAAUAUCACAGAAUAUUUCAGAUUAGAAUCAAAUAUCACAAAAUAUUUCAGAUUAGAAUCAAAUAUAACAAACUAUUUCAGAUUAGAAUCAAAUAUCACAGACUAUUUCAGAUUAGAAUCAAAUAUUACAAACUAUUUCAGAUUAGAAUCAAAUAUAACAAACCAUUUCAGAUUAGAAUCAAAUAUCACAGACUAUUUCAGAUUAGAAUCAAAUAUUACAAACUAUUUCAGAUUAGAAUCAAAUAUUACAAACUAUUUCAGAUUAGAAUCAAAUAUCACAAACUAUUUCAGAUUAGAAUCAAAUAUCACAGAAUAUUUCAGAUCAGAAUCAAAUAUCACAGAAUAUUUCAGAUCAGAAUCAAAUAUCACAAAAUAUUUCUUAUUAGAAUCAAAUAUUACAAACUAUUUCAGAUUAGAAUCAAAUAUUACAAACUAUUUCAGAUUAGAAUCAAAAUCACAGAAUAUUUCUGUUUAG